GUUCACUGAUCGCAAAUCAAAACCACAACUAGCAGUUGUAGCAGUAUAAGUGCCAGCAGCAACAGCCAUAAUAACACCAGCGGCAACAUAAACACUUUUCCAAUGAAUGUAUCCAACAGCGGCAUUGGUGGCAGUGGCGGUGGCGGUGGUAGUGGCAGUGGCAGUAGCAGCGCCAGCAUCUAUGAAAAUGCUGCUGGCUACAGUAUUGUCGCAGGUAAUAGUGCAACCAUCAACAAUAGAUACACAUCGAAUAGCGGCAGCAAUAAUCACAAUGCCAGUAAAGAUCAUCACCACGCUUAUCAGCAGCAGCAGCAACAAUACAACCACCAGCAGCCGCAUAAUCACCAUCAUCAUGGAACUCACCAUUAUCAGCAACCACAACAACAACAACAUCAGCACAAUUUGAACAGUGUUGGCAACAACACCACUACCGGUAACAUUAGCAGCGCCGUUCACAACAACAGUCAAACGCAUAGCGUUGGCAAUGCGCUACAACGUCCAACAGAGAAUAAAUCAAGUCUCUGGUUGAUGAUGAAUGGUGGAGGUGGAGGUGGAGGCGGGGCUGCCAACAACAGUGGGCAGCACAACAUAGGUAGUUGUGUUGGUGUUGCCGCAGACAGAACUUUGCCACAACCACCACCGCACGUGCAACACUAAAAUUCUACCAAUGUCGCAAUCAGCAACGCAAUGAAUGGUCGGAGAAACGGUUUUAGCAGCUUUUGCAAACUUAUUUUAUUAAUUGUUGUAAAUGAAAGAAAAUCAACUAAAAACAUACCAGCAACUUGCGUGUUUCAAAUAUUUUCUUGUCAUUUUUUGUAUUAUAAAUAUUUUUAACUUUAUUUUAUUUUCAUAUUACGAAUAAAUAGAAAUUUUAAAACUUAUUGUAUAUUUACAAAAUAAAUAUGUAAAACGCAAACAAUAACAAAAAAUGUAAAAAAAAAACAAAAAGCUACCUAAGAAUUUUUAUUGCAAUUUUUAUAUAUUAUUUUUUAUUUAAUUUUUAAUUUGAUUCCUUUUUGUUUUGUUUUAUUUUAAUUUUUACAACAUGUAAAUGUAUAAGACUUUUAUUGAAGUGAAAUGAAGCGAAAAAAGAUGAUAAUAAAAACUGUAUUUAGCAGUAGUAUACGGCAAAAUUUAAGGUCGUGGGAAAGUAAAUGCUAUUAAGAAAGUAUAAUAAGAGAAACAAACUACAAAAUCAACAACAAAAGCAUAACAAACACAACCAAUAAUCGCAUAUUUUCAAGUCAUUUUUUUUUAUUUACAUAAUUUUAUUAUAAUUAUAAAUAGCCUUAGUAGAUAUGACUUAAAAAUGUUUACAAUAAUUGUUAGUGUAGAAAUUAUAUACUUAUAUGAAAUUACCACAGAAGGAUUUCAGCGUACGAAAACGAAAACAAAGCAAAAAAAAAAAUAUAUAUAUACAUAUAUAUUAGCGAGAAAUAGUUUAGAGCGCUUGAAAAGAGUUUAAGCGAAGCUUAAUGAAUAUGGAAAUUUUUAAGAUGUCGAAAACAUGACAAUUAUAAGUUUUUUUUAAACAAAUUUGUAUAAUUUUUACAUAAAGCUUGAAACGUCUAAAUCUGUGCAUUAUUUCAAAGUGCAAGCUGUGCACUUUAGUUCUCAUUGAUUAGUCGGUUGUUGCUUUUCACAUAACCUAAUUUUCUUUUCACAUACUCAAAAACUUGCCACUUAUGCGCCAAUUAUAGUAAAUUUGUUUUUGUUCGAGUGGCUAUUUUUAAAAUGUGCUUUUGAAUUCAUAAAAAAAAACAAAAAAAACAUAGACCGAAAAACUCCCCUUUCUUAAUAAGUGGCUUAAUUUUAUUAAAUAUAAAAAUUUACAUUUUAGAUUUAGUUAGACAUAUAUCAUUUUUUAAAUUGUAAAUCUGCUGCUCUGUGUUUUUCUUUGUUUUGGUUUUGUCAAACAAAACUUCUCUACUCUAUAGAUUUUUUUCUCUUUUUAAGCUAAUGUUAUAUAACUUUUAACUUAAGACUUGUGUAUUAUUAUUACUUUUAUUUUCCAUUUUCGUUAUCGAAACUAACGUCAGAGAAAUCAGCAGCAAACAGCAUUUUCGUUCUGUAUGCCAAAACGUAUUGAUAUUAUUUUUCACUUCCACUCACCGAAAAUGACUACAACAACAAUUACAAAAAUAAUACAAGUGUUAUUAGUUUGAAGUGAUUUUAAUGUGUAAUUAUUUAUAAUUGAAUAUUUUUUGUUUUUACCAUUUUUAUUUGGUUUGACUUAGUUCAAAUGUGCUUUUAUUUAACUUACAUUUUAAAUUGUUUUUUUUUUUUUUUGUUUUUUACAAUAGAAAAUUUAAGAAUCCUCGUUGUAAUAUUGCAGUGAAGAACUAGUUUUAAUUUAAUUAUAUAUAUUUUAUUAUUUUUUUUAUUAAUAUUAAGUGAUCAACGUAAUGCGCUUUUAAUGAUGUCCUUGUUGUGUUAGUGAGACUUUCGUACUUGACGCUAUUUUAGUUUUUGUAGGAAGGUUUUUCUUCGUUCCAAUAAAAAUUUAUUAAAACAAAUAUUUAAUUUUUACAAGAUCUUAUCGUAAAUAGUUUAUCGAAGCAAAAAAUAAAAAUAAAUAUACUAUAUAUAAUAAUUAUAAAUUGUUAAAAUGUUGAAUUUGUGCUCGAAAAUUUAGAAUUGAUAAAACGUCACUUUGCUGUGCUUUUACCUUUUUAUUAAAAAAUUAAAAAAAAAAAAUUAUAAAAAAAAACAUUAAGUGUAAGUUUAACUAUUUUACUAUUUUUUGUGGUUUCCAAAUAUUACAUACAUACAACAUACAUAUGUAUACAAACAUGCAAUUAAAAAGUAAGAAAUUUGCAUACUUGUAGAACUUAGCGACCUCUUUAUUAUAUUCCUUUUCGCAAUUAAGUGUUUAGAAUUUAUAUUUAUAUACAUAACUCAUACCUGCACACACACAAACAUCUAAAAUAUAAAUAAAUACAAAUACAUGAAAAUUUUGUUUAAAAAAGAAGUUGCAUACUUAGCUCAGACACAUUCUAUAUACGCAGUGUGCCCAGCUCUUGAAUCCAAAAACACAAAUUAAAACUUUUUUUUAUUUAUGCUGGUAACUCUAUUUCAUGAUGAUUGAUGUAACAGUAUAAAACAUUCCCAAUACAUUAUGAAGGAUGCUGCUGAAGUGACAAUCCUUGGUUGAAUGUAAAUUCAGAUCGUUCGGUGGCUUUCGCUAAAGAGCACCAAAGUUUUUUCGAACUUUUGUGUUUCAGUUCAGAGUUUUACACAACUUUUGUACAUAAGUUGAUACCUCAAUCACAAUUACACACUUGAUUUCUUUCAAUUUGGUUUCUUAAAAACUAAAGAAUUUUUUUCUAUCACCCUGCUUUUGUCUUUUGCAUUUUGCCUUUAUUGAUCAUAAUUCGAGUUAAUCACCACUUGCCAUGGCAAAUUUUUUUUUUUUAUAAAACUUGAAAAAAAUCAGUUUUUUUCUAAGGUUGAUGUCAAAGCGAACGUUAUAAGCUAUGCGAAGCUUAAAGCGAUAGUCGUUCCAACCGAGAGUGGUCUUGUAAUAAGAAGUCAGUGAAAGCAGUAGAAAAGUUGAGCGAGCUGCUGUACUCCUUUGUAUGCUUUAAAUGUGAACAAUAGAAUCGGACGAAGAGUUUGUAUUUGAAGCGGUGGUUUUACCAAUUUAUUUGAAAAAAAAUUGGAAUACAUUAAAUUAAACAAUUUCUAUAUUAAUUUUUUUAACAUUAAAUUAUAUUUUUAAUUUUAAUUUUAUUCACUGGAUGCAAAAAAAUAAUCGUUAAUUAGCUUUUCUACAACGAUUUCCGUUGUUUGGUUCGAUUAGCUCGCACGAGUAAAAAUCAAAACACUUGCUAAAAUUUCAAAAUGCAUCGUUGCUUAUAAUAUUGGAAAACAUAAAUGCGCGUAUUUAAACUUUCAAAGCACCAAAACAACAACUAAAACGUCACCGAAAAGAAAACAUACACAAGGAAAAUCAGUGAACGUUCAAGCGAUGAACCAUUAUACCACCUGCUUGACUGCUCUGUGCUCUCGAAAUCACUAAAAGUCUCUUUCCUGCUCGCUCUCACGCUGAUAUCUUUUGCCUUUUUCCCAUAAGAAUACACACACAGCAGUUUAUAGCUGGAAGUAGCGCCAUGUUGCAGCACUACUCAUAGUGUGGAAAAAACUUGUUACGGCCCUUUGCCACUUAACGGAACGACAGGAACUUAUAUAUAUGUAUAUAUACACGGACCGCUCUGAAAUAAACCUGAGUGAUGUAUAACAUCUGAUGAAAUUGAAAAAGCUUGAUUAUUUUUUAAACGCCCACUGAUCAAAUAGUUGACACACUGUAUGUAUAAAUGCCAUUUUAUGGUUUAUCGCUAAUAAGGUGGUUUCGGUUGAAAAUAAUUUAUUAAUUAAAAAAUCGUUUCGUUUUCAGAAAUUACCGGAAAUUUUUUUCUUUUUGUAAUUUGCGCAACCCUUGCUAAACUUGUAUUUUUGAGAAAAAUACCACAUUUUGAAUAUUUUAUAUUUAAUUUUAUAAAUCAAUGCAAAUAUUUAAGCAUUUCUCUGCUUUACUAAUACUGUUCUACAACGCCAGCUCAGUUUUUAACAUUUUAUUGUGGUUUGGACCCAAUAAAUGAUGGUAAAUACAUUUUUAUCAUCUUGACAACUUUUUUUAGGUUUAAUUUCUUAUGACUUAUUGUCUCUUCAAGUCACUCAAAUGGUUUCAAUAUUUGCUAUCUCUCUUAAAACCCACUCUUCUAUAUUUAUGAUUUCCCCACAGUUUAAUUUCUCUCAAAAGCUUAGCUCUCAGUGGUGAAUUCUCGCGCACAUACAUUUGCACCUUAACCUCUUCUAUUUGUGAUAAACUGAAAUUGCUAAAUGCACUUCUAUUUAAAUAAAAAAAAAAGAAACGAAACAAUGAAUUCAAAUGCAAAGACCUAGAAAAAAGAAAUUGUUAACACGUUCCACCAAUUUUGGUUUUUUCAAAUAUUUUUUAUUUUUAUAUUUACAAAUAUUACAUUCUGAAUUGUAAUAGUGAUUUUGUUUACUUUUAUGUUAAAAAAAUGAUAACAAUAAAAAAAUUGAUUUAAAAAAGUUAAUACUAUAGUUACACGAUUAAAUACACAUACAUAUACGUAUGAAUACACAUGAAAUGCGUGAACUUAUAUAUACCUAAUUUGUUUGUGUACACAUAAAACAUUUAUAUAUAUAUAUAUUAAUAUAUACGAUGAAUUGUAUUUAAUGCUAAACAUGCGAGAACGUUGUGCAAACGACAGCAAAGAAAAUGGGGGAAAACGAAGAAAUAUUAAAAAAACAAAAAAUAGAAGUCAGUCUGCUGUUUUUUUUUUU